UGGGUGUGUGGAUCGAGUGCUCUUCGUCGGGUUUCUGCCUCCCUGGCCUUACUGUUGUGGGAAUUUUCUCGUCUCCCUGACCCUCUGACGAAGCAAGUUCUUGCGGUGUGCAACGAUUCAUCCCUGCAAAACAGAUCUCUACAGUACAUUGUUGAUUGUUCCAUAUGUAGAGAAAUGAAGAAAAUAUGUAGAACUCGAAGGCGAGUUACCUCUCAAGUUUCUCGAUGAGAGGAACGUACAUUACCUGCCUGUCAGGAGCAUGCCUGGUUGGCUGGUUCGUGACGUUCGUCAGUCAGGAGUCGGGAUCUGCAUUCUUGCACCUUACAUCACAUCUUUGUCAAUCUUCUGUUCGGUAUCUCCUGCUUCUUCUUCUUGAAUCCGAUCCUUACAUGAUAAAAGAACCUUUUCUCCUUUUCUGCAAUUAUGACUUGCCAAGUUGUCAUGAGCUUUCAGAGUUUUGCUUUAUAUUUUUAAGAAUAAUGCGGAGCAAAAACUGCUGCAGCUUAAUUAGAAGUUAGAACAAUGCAGCUUUUGCCCCAGCAGAGAUUUUAAACGCCUAUGCAUUACUACUCGCAUCCUUACAAACGACGCUGUUAAAUCCGACCUGAGCUGAAUUCUCACCAUUUCGAGAUUACUGCCAGAUUUUAUAGCGGGGACAACCUUUUUUUGGAUUGUUGUACCAGAAAUAGGUUAAAUCGUUUGAGACGCUGUCACUGUCAUCAGCUGCAACCACGGGUACUACACUACUACACAGAGCCAUGAAUACAACAUUCUCUGACAGCCUAACGUUAAACCACUCUGCUAUUAGUAGUGCUGUGCAACGUCCCCGUGCGACAAGCCAAUGAUGGCCAGAGCUGCACUUCUUCCUGUUGCGUUGCUGCUGUGCCUUGCACUGGCUGGCAGCGCCAAUGCUGCACGGAAGUCAGCGGUCGGAUUCUAUGAACUCAAGAACAAGAAGGGGGAUUUCUCCAUCAAGGUCACCAACUGGGGCGCUGCCCUCGUCUCUGCCAUUGUGCCUGAUAGCAAAGGGCACUUGGCUGAUGUUGUCCUUGGGUAUGACACUGCUGCUGAAUAUAUGCGUGGCUCUGCUUCAUUCGGAGCGACGGUUGGGCGUGUAGCCAACAGAAUCGCCAAUGCCCGCUUUGUUCUUGAUGGGAAAACCUAUCACCUCCUCCGUAACGAUGGAAACAACACGAUUCACGGAGGCCCCAAGGGGUUCGGCAAGGUCAUUUGGACGGUGAAGGACCAUGUGAGCCAUGGUGACUCCCCAUACAUCACCUUCUACUACCACAGCUUGGACGGAGAACAAGGAUUCCCAGGCGCCCUCGACGUGUACGUGAAGUACCAGCUCUCCCGCCAGUACGACCUGAGCAUCCGCAUGAACGUAACCGCGAGGAACAAGGCGACGCCGGUGAACCUCGCAAACCACGCGUACUGGAACCUCGCCGGCCACGGCAGCGGCGACAUCCUCAAGCACGAGCUCCAGAUGUUCGCCUCACACUACACCCCCGUCGACGGGUCCAUGAUACCGACGGGCGAGGUCGCGCCCGUGGCCGGCACGAUGUACGACUUCGGCAGGCGGAUCCCCGUGGGCACGAACAUGAAGAUCGUCCCAGGCGGCGGCGGCGGGUACGACAUGAACUACGCCGUGGACGGGCAGCAGAACGCGAUGCGGCCGGUGGCGCGCGUCCGGGAGCCCAAGUCCGGGCGGGCGUUGGAGCUGUGGGCGAACCAGCCCGGGGUGCAGUUCUACACCGCCAGCUGGCUCAUCAACGAGAAGGGGAAGGCCGGGAAGGUGUACGGGCAGUACGGCGCGCUGUGCCUGGAGACGCAGGCCUACCCUGACGCCGUCAACCACCCCAACUUCCCGUCGUCCAUCGUGAGGCCCGGCCAGGUGUACAAGCACGACAUGGUCUUCAGGUUCUCCUACCAGGCUACCUACGACGCAUGAGACGUCGUAGUGGCUGAUCAUCCGUCGUUUUCUUGUGGACUGUGCUGUAACAUGUUGGUAGCUUGUGUAAUAAGAUGUGGCAUUGGGACAUGAGGUUGCUGUCAUUUGACCGCGUAAUAAAAUGCCGCUUCAACUA